UUUACACACACACUCAACAUGGGCGCGCGAGGACGGUGCUGCAGCUGAACAUCGGCUCACACAGCUUCACACAUUCCAUCUCCAUCUCCGGGUGUGUGUGUGUGUGUAUGUAUGUGCGUGUGUGUUUGCGUGAGUGUGUGUUUGCAUAUGUGUGUGCAUGAGUGUGUUUUAAUUGGACUCUCCCGGAGCUGCUGAGGAGCAUCGCCGUGUUUUUCCGCACACACAACACACACUGAGUCAAAUGCUGGAGGCGCAAAGUAAAGGGUCAGUGAUGGAGUUCACCACAGAAGAUGAUUUGGAUGAACUUUGUCCUGUGUGCGGGGACAAAGUGUCCGGUUACCACUACGGCCUGCUCACGUGCGAGAGCUGCAAGGGUUUCUUCAAGCGCACGGUGCAGAACAAUAAGAGAUACACCUGUAACCAGAACCAGGACUGCGGCAUCGAUAAGACGCAGCGCAAAAGAUGUCCCUUCUGCCGCUUCCAGAAGUGCCUCAGUGUCGGCAUGAGGUUAGAAGCGGUUCGCGCUGACCGUAUGCGAGGAGGGAGGAACAAGUUUGGCCCCAUGUACAAACGAGACCGCGCUCUGAAGCAGCAGAAGAGAGCUCUGAUCCGAGCAAGUGCUUUCAAACUGGAGCCCACGCCACCACUAGUGCCCUCCAACCACUCUGAGUAUUCAUACCCGGGCUCAGUGCCUGGACUGCUGCCCCCACUCGGCCCUCCAGACUACGACUGCCCACCUGUGUGCCCACCCUCUUUAGGGGUGGCCCUGCACAGCUAUGGCUCUUUCCCAGCCCAGUAUCAGUACACCACCCCGACUGUGCCGGGAAGAUCCAUCAAAGCGGAGCACCCAGAUCCGUAUUCCGGUUCUCCUGACUCAUCUCUGGGGUAUUCGUAUGCUGAGGGUUGCAUCCCUCCCUCACCACAGACGAGUCCUCUGAACCCGGCUGUGCCCUCACUGGUCCUGGAGCUACUAAGCUGUGAGCCUGAUGAGGAGCAGGUGAGAGCGAAAAUCUGUGCCUACCUGCAGCAGGAGCAGAAUGGGCGUGGCAAGCUGGACAAACCCCGCCCCUCCAACUUGCUCUGCGUGAUGGCGGACCAGACAUUGUUCUCCAUAGUGGAAUGGGCGAGAAGCUGCAUCUUCUUCAAGGAGCUAAAGGUUGGAGAUCAGAUGCAACUGCUGCACAAUUGCUGGAGUGAGCUCCUGCUUCUGGAUCAUGUCUUUAGACAGGUGCAUCAUGGGAGAGACAAUACACUGCUACUCAUCACUGGCCAAGAGAUUGAGCUUGCGGGCGUGGUGUCCGACUCGGGUCUCACGCUCUCGGGUCUUGUGCAGAGGGGACAGGAACUGGCACGGCGGCUGCAGCUGCUCCAGAUCGACCGACGUGAAAUGGCCUGCCUCAAGUUCCUCAUCCUCUUCAACCCCAACGUGAAGCUGUUGGAGAACCAGGCACUGGUGGAGGGCGUGCAGGAGCAGGUGAACAGCGCUCUGCUGGAAUACACACUCACCUCGUACCCUCAGCACGUGGACAGGUUCAGUCAGCUGGUGCUGCGGUUGCCAGAGGUUCGGGCCCUGAGCGCACAGGCGGAGGAGUACCUGAGUUCCAAACACCUGAGCGGAGACGUGCCCUGCAACAACCUGCUCAUCGAGAUGCUGCAUGCCAAGAGAGCAACCACCAUCUGAACAGGAGGUGUGUGUGUGUGUGUGUGUGUGUGUGUGUGUGUGUGUGUGUGUGUGUGGAUCUCCACUGAGCUGCGAGAGCUAAAGGACACUGGGAGCUUUUCUAUUUCUUAAGUGCUAUUAACACCGUAUCUGAUGUCGUUCGUGCAUCGUGUGUGGCUAGUUGGCAUGUGCCGGGUCUUUAGUUGCCAUGGAAACCAAUUGAGCUUUAUCGCCAUAAACAUCGUCCUGGAGCUUUUUUUUUGUUUUUUGUCCCAGUCACGGUGAACACAAUUAUGUGAUCGAAGGAUACACACCCUCCUUUUGUGCUUUAUGUUUCCUACCGAAAAAAUACUGUACUGUUACGCCUUUUCCACGGUAACAAUAUCACGUGUAUCAUGAUGUAUCGAGUUAUCCUAGUUAUCGGCACAUGCCUAGUGACGAAACGUCAUUUCCGUUUUGGACAAUGAAACUCAUGAUCAUUAUAUAGCCACUGUGAGAUCCUAUUUUUUUUUUUGGUAGUAUUAUGGGAUGUUUUUUGUUUACCGAACAUGUUUCCCAUCAGCACUUCAUUCUGGACUGAUGUUUUAUUUCCAUAGCUUUUCUUUUAAACGUGAUCGUGUUAUAAAGGAAGUGGAAAAGCAGAAGCACUAAAAAAGAAGACGAAGAAAACAAUUUUUGGUUGAAUGUGUGAAAAGUUCAUCUCUUAUGUUUCCUAACAGAAAGACGCUAGCAAGCAUUUUUUCCCAAUCAAAACGUUUUCAAAACCAGCGAACCGAACUGUGAAUAAAUCAUAUUUCCAGUGCUUCGACUCAAACAAAUCAUGCGUUAGUUCCUCUCGUUUCUCAUGCUAGAGAAACACGUGGCUCACUUAAAAAUAUUGCAGGCUUUUAAAAAAAAAAAACACGAGAGAACAAUUUGCUAAAGAGUUCAGAGUUUUGGCGUUAGUUUUUACAUUUUGUUUGUAUUUGCAUGGUUAUUUGUAGGGAUUUCACAUUUGUUCUUCGCUAACGUGGCUUGUUUAUGACCUUCGGAGAUCUCAGAAAUCAUCUUAUCUAGUCUUAUAUAUGCAGUCUGCCUGUUAUAUACCGUCAAAAUGUGCUAUUAUUUGGUAAUUAUUAUUACUGUUUCAAAUACUGACAUUAAAACAGCAAAAAAAAAAAACAAUUAAUCACCACAAGUGAUUCAUCAAACAAGGAAAUGUUAUCUGAUUGAUGAAGCCUUUUUCAGUUCUUCUGUAUUGUUUUAUUUUUCUGAAAUUUUUCCUAGUAAUAAUACUAUUUGGACCGUGUACAUAUUAGACGUUCAACAUACAUGAGCUGGUACUGAGGGGAAAAGUGUUUGUUAGCAAAUGAUCAUUCGGCUCCAUUUGACUUUUUUGUAAGUUUGUCUUUUGAAAAGUGUUUUUUUUUUUUAUUUACUCCACAGAAUUCACCAAAAUAUUGCUUAUAUGUAAAACUAAUUAUAAAGAGUUGUAUAAAAAGUUGUAUCUGCUUUCACCCUGAAAUCGAUAAAACCGUAAAAAAAAAGUGUGAUAAAAUGCUACAAAUCCAUGAGAUUUUUUACGGAGAUUUACGUGGAAUGAUGAACGUUUAUCGGACAUUUUUUCACAUUGAGGAUUAAUUAUGGAUUUUAUGAGGUCGUGAUUGCUUUCGGUUUGUGCUGCAGGAGAACAGGGGGAAAAAAAGAACCAGAAGAAACAACAGGGUGGAAAUGUUGCUUUAGUUUUCUAAAAAAAGAAAUGUUAACUAAUCCCUAAAUAAUUUAUUUUAGCAUUUUGUUUCAUAUUAUUGCUGUGAGGUUGCAUUAUUUUUUAUUUUUUGGGACAUAUUUUAUAUUUAUUGAGUAGAAGCCUUUAUCAUGCAGCAGAGCAGUGUUCGGUUCCCAUGGUAAUUCUGACACCUGAAUAUUUGCCCCUCAAUAUAAUCCUCAGUAUGAUGAAAUAUUGCAGCAAUUUUUCCAAUGAAUGCAUUCGGUCCUUCCAUGUGUCUAUACUUUUCGCUGGGGUGACUUACACGUGAAAAAUCCAAUCUAAAAAUGAUAAAAUAUUGUUUCAUUUUAUAUGUAUCUGGAUUCCAUUUUUUUCAAGGGAAGUGCAUGGAUAUAUAAAUAUAGUAUCAAAAUGUGAGCAUUUCUUCUAUGAAUAUAUGCAAAAAUUGCCUCAUUAAAAAAAAAUCAAUCAGAUUUUAGUAUGCAAAUGCAUAUUUUUUCUUGUAGUGCUAUUCAUGAGCAAUUUUUCCCUUGAACUACAACCUCACAAAGAACUGAUGAUUUAUUACUGUUAUUUUUAUUAAAACAGAUUUUUAAAAAAUCUGGUUGUUUUCGUUCCCAAGAUUUGUUUUUUUGUCAUUUUUUAAAAUCAAUUUUAAUUUGUCUGUAUUUUUAUUUUAUUUAUUUAUUUUUUAAGCUAAAAAUCUCACUGGGAAUUAUUACAUCAUAAAUUAUACUGACCAAUCGGUUUCCAGUAUGCAAAUGAACUCGAGAAUGGGGGGAGUGCGGGUGGAUAGUGGAAUAUAUUGGAAACAUUUUCAUAUUAAAAAUCAAGACUACAUUAAAAGUGAAUUGUGAGGAUUUGAGUAAAUGUUUAUUCGAAUUUAGGUGUUCAAAAUGGGAAAAUCUGCAGUAAUAAUACAAAUAUUACAAAAUAAAAUAGAAGAAUAUCCAGCAUACCCCGGCUCGUGAACAAGCAGGCCACAACUAGCUGAACAUAAUCGAAGUGCAGAAGCUAAAUCACGUAAUUGCCGAUCCUUUCUCAACUGGUGCCCAUUAUUUCAUCAACCACCUGAGCAUCCUUUUAACUCUUUUCUCUUUUUUUUUGUGCAAAAAAAAAAAAAAAAAACCUGACGAAUACUGUGACUAAGUGUGUGUGCGUUUGAAGCCCCAAACAGGAUAACACAGGAUGAAUCGCUGCACCAUAUGUUUUCCACAUUUUUCUCCACGUUUCAUUUCUAUUCACACUCACGCAGAUCGAGUCUCUUUGUGCACACGUAUCCUGAUUGGGACUUUAAUAAUAAUAAUAAUAAUAAUAAUAAUAAUAAUAAUAAUAAUAAUACCAAUUAUUAUAAUGUUUUUGUAUUUUUAUUAUUAUUAUUAUUAUUAUUAUUAUUAUUAUUAUUAUAAUUAAAAGAAAAUGCAUUUUUCAUUCUGACGUUUGUGUAUUCCUGUGUAGUAAUGUGCCAAACCCACACUUGUAUUCUCUUUUUUUUUGUUUUCUCUGUGUUAUUUUCUCUGCAAGAUUGUAAUUGUAAAGAAAAAAACAAAACAAAACAAAGUGCUCUGUCCUUUCUAGUUACAAUCAGCAUCAGUAUUGUUCGAAGGUCGAAAUGCCAAGCUAUGAAGCUGAAGACAGAAAUAAUAUUUAUUUAAAUAAUGUCAGAUACAGAAAUGAUAUCCUAUAAUACGGAAAUACGUCAUUUACGUUAAAAAAAAGAAUAAAAAAAAAUAUCUUUUGUGCUUGUCCACAUUAUCUGACUGCAAAGUGCUUUAUUUCUUAUCGAAAUGUGAAAUAAAGAAAUGAAAUAAUGACGAGGA